UUUCGGCAUUUGUUUAACCAUGGGAAGUGUUUCGCUAGUCUCUGCAGCCCUAAGAAGGCUAGAAGGUAAGGUGGCACUGAUCACUGGAGGAUCAAGUGGCAUAGGAGAGUCCACUGCAAGACUCUUCGUUAAACAUGGAGCUAAGGUGGUAAUUGCAGACAUUCAAGAUGAUUUGGGCCACUCCGUUUGCAAAGAAUUAGAACCUGAACCUGCUUCAUUCAUCCAUUGUGAUGUUACUCAAGAAAAAGAUGUUGAAAACGCUGUUAAUACAGCUGUUUCUAAGUAUGGAAAGCUUGACAUCAUGUUCAACAACGCAGGUAUAGGAGGAACGCCAAAAACAAACAUACUUGAAAAUGACAAGGCCGAAUUUGAGAAGAUCAUUUGUGCCAAUUUAGUAGGUGCAUUCUUAGGCACUAAGCAUGCAGCCCGUGUAAUGAUCCCUGCUCGGCGCGGUAGCAUAAUUACAACUGCAAGUGUUUGUGCAACAAUUGGAGGAGGUUCAUCACAUGCCUACACUAGUUCAAAGCAUGGUGUGUUAGGAUUAAUGAGAAACACGGCUGUGGAAUUAGGACAAUAUGGCAUCCGUGUAAAUUGUGUGUCACCGUACGCGGUUCCUACCCCAUUGUUUAAGAAUUUCUUUAAGAUGAACGAUGAUGAAGUUAGUUGCAUUUACUCUAACCUCAAGGAAGCUGUACUUGAAGUAGAAGACAUUGCUGAGGCUGCUCUUUAUUUGGGGAGUGAUGAAUCAAAGUAUGUUAGUGGACACAAUCUGGUGGUAGAUGGUGGCUUCACUAUUGUAAAUCCAGGUUUUUGCAUGUUUCCACGAUCUAGCUGAUCAAUCCUGUCAUAUCUUGUUCUAUCUAUCUAUCUAUAUUUACCUUUUUAAAUAUGCUUUU